UGAAAAUAGUGGAAGAUAUAUUGGGACCAGCUUUAUUAACACUCAUACUACAUUAACUACACUGCACUGCAUGGUUUACCACAGAAGAUAAAUGUGAAAAAAAAUCUACUAACCCAGGCAUCCACAAGGUGAUAAAAGGAAAUUAAAUUCAGAAGUUUGUGUAAAAUUGAUUACAUGGUGAUUAAAUGCCAAGUCAGCCAUUAGGUAUUAAGGAGAAAUUUAAAAAAGGUUUUCUGCUCUGUACAGAUUUAGCUUGCCCAAUUUUGGAGGAAGAUUUCUUUCACAAUGGCCAGCAAUAACCGUCCCAAAUGGAUGGUUCUAGAAGAUUAUAAGCAGCUUCAAAAACAAAAAUCUCGGGACAGUUUAGAAGCUGAAAAGAUGAAGAUGGACAAGAAUGCAGAGUGGCGUAACCUUCAGAGGAGGUUGAAAACAGAACAAACUGAAGCUGAAAUGGAGACUUUACUUGCCAAAAGAAGAGAAGAAGCAAUUGCAGCAGCUACUGUGAGAGAGGAAGCUGAAAGAUCCAUCGCAGAAAUGAAUCGCCUUCAAAAUGAAGAACUGAGAGAGAGAAAGAUUCGUCAGCAGUUGAGGGAAUCCAGUGAAGAAUUGAAGACUCUUGAAGCAAAACUGAAAGCUGCUUAUGUCAGUAAAGAGUUGGCCGCACAAAUAGCAGAGAAGAGGGCGGCUGCUGCCAUAGAAAAAAAAGAAAGGCGGAAAAUUGAAGAGGUUGCUGAAGCCGAAAGGAGAUUCAUUGAAGAACAGGAGCGAGAGAAAUACCAGGCAAACUUAGCUUCUAAGAUAAGGUAUCGUAUUGAGCUUCAGGAUCAGAUAAUAGCAGCUUACAAACGACAGCAAGAGGCUUAUCAAGAAUUUAUCAAAGAAAAAGCUCUUCUUGACCAGAUUGUAAAGGCAAUCCAUGAAGAAGAUCAACGUGAGGAGGAGAUUCGAUUGGAAAAAAUGCAGAACACUAAACAGGAAAUUGAACAAUUCCGCUUUCAACAAGAAAUUUGGAAGAAAAGGGAAGAAGAAGAGAGGAAGAAAGAAGAUAGACGAAUCCAAGAAUAUCUGGAAAGACACCAAGAAGAGGAGAGGAAGAAACUAGAAGAACUGAAGGAAAAGGAUGAAAUAAAAAAGAAAUUGCAAGAACGUGUGGAAGCAGAAUUUUUAUCUAAAUUGGAGAGGAAGAGGGAAAGAGAAGAGGUAUUGGCUGAGUUGGCUGCAGAAGAACGAAGAGAAAGGGAGGCAGAAAAAGCAAAACAGGAAAUAGAGGAGGCAGUGCGUCGAAGACAAGAUUUACAGAGAAGCUACAGGCAACAGCUAGAGGAGAGAAGAAGAAGACUGCAAGAGGAGGAACAACAAACAGAACUUUACAGGCAACAGUUGUUGGCCAAGUUUGCGGACGACACGAGGAUAGAGCAGCUAACAGCAGAGAAGAGACGACUCAAGACGUUGGAACAUCGGAGACAGGUGCAACAACUCCUAGAGGAGCGCCAACAGAGACGGCGGCAGGAGUGGGAACAGUUGGCUAAACUAGAGGCUCUACGACAAGCUGAGGAAAAACACAGGAGAGAGCUGAUAGAAGAGGAACGAGUCCGUUUGUUGAAGACUCACGCCACCAAGUUGCUGGGGUACCUGCCACGAGGAGUAUUACAACCAGAUGACCUAACCCAUCUAGGUUCUGACUUCCUUGAGGAGUUCAACAAAUACAAAGCUAUGAACUGCCCGAGGAAUGCCAUUGAAAUGUAACUUUUUAAAAACUUAUUGUGAUUUGGUAGAUGAUUUUGGACUUUCACUGAUACAAAAAAAAUGUUCAACUGCCAUUUUCAUGUUUCAUUCUGAAGAAAUAAGAUUCUGGAGGAGCGAAAUAAGUUAAAAUUGUGUUUUAAAGCUGUGUGCUAUCAAGUAUCAACUGCCUAACACUCUUUUCUUGGGUAAAUUAGUUGUUUAUUGAUCAAUGAGCCAAUGACUUCUUUGGUUGAUGGGAAGGGGUGGAACCCUUAGUCCAUGCACGCCAACCAUAGCUUAUUUUGUAUUUCCCUGAUAAGAGUACAAUCUUGUAUUUUUAUUUUGAGAUGAAAAACGAAAAAAGUCUGUUUGAAUUAGUGCACUCAAAGAUUUAUUGGACAAAACAAUUCAAAUUAUCAUCACUGUUCUAUCUCCAUUUUUAUCCAUAAAAAUAUUAAAUCCACAGUAAUAUUCACAGUCCAUAAUUAUCUCCCAAAUAACAUCGUUUUAGACAUAAAACUGAAGCACGUUUUGUAAAAAGCAUAUUCACUUUGACUGAUUAUUUUGUGAAUCAUCCGUCCUUUUGUAAUCAAAUAUUUGUGUUGUUGUAAAAAUAAAUAUAAUUUUUUUAAUAAGA